GGCCGUCAAAGUCUCAUAGUUAAAUCUCCCAAACAUUUUCUUCAUUCAAUCCCCGAUUCCCCCAAAACAGUCAAACCACCUCCCAGCUCCGGCACCGACGACGAAAAUGACCGACUACGGCACGAUUCCAACCUCCUACGGCGCUGCCACAGCCACCGCCGCCAACCUCGAGUACAUCUCCCGCGCCAAACAGCGCUUCAAAGACGGGCUCGGCCACCGCCGUCCAUGGCGUCUCAUGGCCGAUUACCGCUCCUUCACUCUCCCUUCCAACCUCCACGACACUCUCGCUCGCAUCAAAAUCAACCUCGCUUACUUCCGUAUGAACUACGCCAUCGUCAUCCUAAUCAUCCUCUUCCUCGCCCUCCUCUGGCAUCCGAUUUCCCUCAUCGUCUUCGUGCUCAUGAUGUCCCUCUGGCUCUUCCUCUACUUCCUCCGCGAUCAGCCUCUCGUUAUCGCCGGCCGUGUUCUCCAAGAUUGGAUCAUUCUCCUCGUCCUGUCUGUUCUCACCAUCGGAUUCUUGUUCUUGACCAACGCCUCACUCAAUAUUCUCAUCGCUCUGAUCAUCGGCGCCGUCGUCGUUUUGGCGCACGCCGCCGUGAGGAAGACCGAGAAUCUCUACUUGGAUGAAGAAGCUACUGGAUUGAUGGCGCCUGGACCGUAAUCGGAAUCGAUUAGUCUUGUUAAUUGUGAAGGUUAUUGGAUCUUAUUUUUCUUCUGAUUCCUUAUGGUGAUCUCUGUUUUUGAAGAUUGAAAAAUUGAUGAAAUUGUGCAAUUCGAUUAUUGCUUUCGAAUUCUUAAUUUAUCAUUCUUGUGAUGCAA